AUGAUUAGGUUGAAGAUAUGGAUAUCAGCUUUGAUUCUCUUCCAACAAAUAAAUCUGACAAAGGAUCUCACUGUGACAGAGGAUUAUCAGCAAUAUGACAAAGGGUCUCAAACUGUGGCAGAGAUAUUUGAAUCACCGUGUAUUACAUUAUCAAUGAAUUGCACGAUAUCAUCUCAUACAAUUUGCUAUGUUUGUCGAUCUCAUAUUGAUGGCUCAUCAAUGACUAUAGCGGCUGAAGAUCGAGAUAUGAUAUUUGUAACGAAAAAUGUAAUGAUACGUGAAGGUUCAAGAUGUUGUCGUAAACACUUAGAAGAUCAUCGUUUAAUGCCCGCUUCAAUAAACAUAAUUAAGCCACACAAGAUAGAAAUUAUCUCACUUAAAGCUGGUGAUGUUCAGAUGUUAAUAAAUAAGUCUCAGAUACUUUACAAUCAGAAAAAACGUCUAGAUUUUGACGAUUGUAAUGCGAUUUCUGACGACGAGUAUUAUAACUUAACGAGUUUGAACAAAGGUCAAUUCGAUAGUUUAAUAAAAGAGAUAGCGGCUUUUCCAAUUCGAAAUACAGCAGUUAGGUCGAUUCGUACUGCGGUGGUGUGUUUAUUAUGUAAAUUACGCUUGGGUUUGUCUAACACAAUUCUGGCUUUGCUAUUCGAGUCACCUGAUAAACGCGCUGUGUCGCGCGCUAUUGGAACUGCUCGUAAAGCAAUAAUGAAAGAUUUCGUUCCGUACCACCUGGGAAUUUCGCAUAUUACUCGUCGUCAGAUAAUAGAUAAUCAUACAACAACAAUAGCACGUGAACUCAUGGGUGGAGGAAAUGAUACGCUUGUGUUGGUCAUUGAUGGAACAUACAUUUAUAUACAGAAGGAUGUAGUUGUUGUGGACCGUGGCUUCAGAGAUUGUUUAGGAGUGAUGUAUUCAUUAGGAUUGGAUGUGGCUAUGCCACCAUUUUUAGAUGGUCAAAAACAAUUUUCAACUGCACAAGCUAACCGCUCUCGAUGCAUAACGAAAGUGCGAUUUAUCGUAGAGACUGUUUGUUAUCAGAAGAAGAGAUUGGAGACAUCACUUUAGGUAACACAUUAACAAGCAAUCCUCUCAUUCAAGAAAAUUUUAUGUACCAUAUGACUAUUUUAGGAGUGUUCUAGUUAAAGCGUGCAAGAUCGUAUGCCGAAGAGCACUGUUCUUCGACAAAAUUAACCGAGUCUGUAUCCUAUCUUGUUCAAAAGUGUAAAACAAUCCCUAAUAUUAUACGGGUGUCCACGCAAUCUGCAAAUAUCAGACGGAAGUCCUAUCACCCUGUCAUACAAUUCACACAAGACGAAAUAAUGGGCUGGUAUUGCGAUUGUCUAACUGGAAGCCGUAUUAUAGGUUGCUGUAGUCAUGUGGCUUCUGCAGUUUAGUUUUUAAGUUACGAACGCUGGCAGACCAAAGAACGUAACAUGCCCUCGGGUGAUUUUGUUAGAUUAGCUACUGACAGCAUUCAGGUGUCAGACUUUUAUGACUCGACGGAUGAUGAAGACGAGAACUGCUACUCCUUAACAUAAUUUCUUCCUACUUCUAUACAUACGUGUGAGUCUGUUUUGAUUUAUAAAAAAUAAAAGCACUAUAUCUGAUUCAGUGAUUUCUUCAAAUGUGUUCACAAACAACAAUUCAAACAAUAAAUAUAUCUCUUUCGAAACAAAACUUUUCAUGUAUAUAUCUCGCAGUAGUAGGCUACAUUUCUACAGCAAAAAGCAUUAAAGAAGAAGAAUAAUAUCUUCUAUUGUUCUCUAUCACUCCCUGACAUUUUAUUUCUCGAUAGAAAUACUUUCUCCUUCGCUGUAUGUAUGCCUGGCCUUUCGUACACUAUUGUAUCAAUAUUUUUAAAAAUACACUUCUUUAUUUGUAAUCACAUUCUAUCAAUCGUCCUUCUCUACCCUUCGACAGCAAUACCGUAUAUUCCUCCCUCGACGACAUAUGGUCAAAAAACAAAAGAAAUCACUCAAAUCUUUCUCCAUCGAAUAAAAUCGCUCAUAACGAGUACGUUAACAUUUUCUAGUGUCUAUCUUCUAUAUCAUAUUGCAGUUUAUGAAAUACUCUAUGGAAUUGCACAUAAAGCAGCGUUCUAACACACACACAAAAAAAUAAUUAACAUCAAUGACCUUCACACGCCAGUUUGCUCAUAUGCUACCGGUAUUUCGAAUCUUGGCCUUACCCCGACACAACUUCUUAAGGUUGUGUCAUAUAUCAUUUUGUAGCCCGUGAAAUUCUCAAUCGAAUCGUAUAUGAAGUAGACUGGUUAACGACCGAAUAACGGAG